AUGGUGUUAUUAGAAAAAGAGUGGUUCAUCGAGGCUCCCUGGGGAAGGAUUUGCAUUGUUGCAUGGGGUAACUGCUAUGACCCACCGCUCCUCGCCUGCCAUGGAUCUAUAGACUCAGCUGCCUGCUUCAGACCACUAAUUAAACUAUUGCCGCAUAAGUUUUACUAUAUAGGUGUAGAGUUGCCAGGAAAUGGAAAAUCUGAUCCGUUCCCGCCUGGAGUAGUACUCUCUAUUUACGAUUACGUCUAUGCCAUCCAAGUCGUUGUACGCCAUUUUAGAUGGGAGAGGUUCGUCUUCAUGGCACAUUCGUUCGGUGCUGCUGUUGCGAAUAUCUUCAACUUGUGCUAUCCAGGAAAAAUAAGCAAGCUCAUUCAAUUCGAUCCAGUGGCGGGAAAAAUAGUGGUUCCGCGAGAUUUUAGUACAUGGUACGAGAAGAGCUACGGUGAAUAUUUUAAUAACAUCGAUUUCUUCAAUGCGCCUGUCGAGAAUACGAAGAAGGUUUUGAGAGAGGAGGCUCUACAGAAUAUGAUGAAACGCAGGAGUUUGCCGCUAGAGUGCGCUGAAGCAACUCUAGAAAGAACCAGUGUCUCGGCUGGUAACGGAUUUGUGAGAUACACACACGAUCGUCGCAUGAAAAUACCACAAAUGCCCCCCUUUUCUAUGGAACAAUACAAAGAUAUGAUGAAAAACGUAAAAACACCCACCCUGACAAUUGUAGCUCAGGGUUCCAUAGACCACGGGUACUACAAAUUGAGCAGUCUGGAGAUGGACGAAGAGAAGUAUCCGAAUAGGAAUUGUAGGGUCCGGUUUGUCGAGGGUUAUCAUGAUGUCCACUUCUCUAAUCCGGAGAGAGUUGUACCGUUUGUCGCUGAGUUCUUAAUGAAUGGAGACUCUAAGGCGAAAUUAUAA